ACGCUUUUUCGAUCAGCUGUUUUCGGGGACGCGCACGAGAAGAAAAUAAUUGUUUGCGGCAUUUCAUGAAAAUCGCGGAAAAUGGUGACGAAAACAAGUAAAUCUCUGAAUUUAGAGAUCAAUUUCGAAGAGGAGGAUGUGCCGUAUGAGGAGGAAAUCCUUCGGAACGCUUACUCCGUAAAACAUUGGCUGCGCUACAUUGACCACAAGGCGAAGGCGCCGGAUAAUGGUGUUAACCUGGUCUAUGAGCGUGCUCUUAAGGAGCUCCCGGGCAGCUAUAAGAUCUGGCACAAUUAUUUGAGAACCCGCAGGAAGCAGGUGCGCGGCAAGAUACCCACGGAUCCCAUGUACGAGGAGGUCAACAGUGCCUUCGAGCGCGCCCUCGUGUUUAUGCACAAAAUGCCACGUAUCUGGAUGGACUACGGUGCCUUCAUGACCUCGCAAUGCAAGGUGACCCGCACCCGGCACGUUUUCGAUCGGGCUCUAAGAGCUCUGCCCAUCACGCAGCACGGCAGGAUUUGGCCACUGUAUCUGCAGUUUGUGCGCCGCUUUGAAAUGCCGGAAACCGCACUACGGGUCUACCGUCGAUAUCUGAAACUCUUCCCCGAGGACACUGAGGAGUAUGUGGACUACCUACAGGAGGCGGACCGCCUGGACGAAGCUGCCCAGCAGCUGGCGCACAUCGUAGACAACGAACACUUCGUUUCCAAGCACGGCAAGUCCAAUCAUCAGCUGUGGAACGAACUGUGCGACCUUAUCUCGAAGAAUCCACACAAGGUGCACUCCUUGAAUGUGGACGCCAUCAUUCGCGGUGGACUGCGGCGCUACACCGAUCAGCUGGGCCACCUGUGGAACUCCCUGGCGGAUUACUAUGUGCGUUCCGGCUUAUUUGAUCGGGCAAGAGAUAUAUACGAGGAGGCCAUUCAAACUGUGACCACCGUCAGAGACUUCACACAAGUCUUUGAUGAAUACGCACAGUUCGAGGAACUCUCGCUGAACAAACGCAUGGAGCAGGUAGCUGCCAAUGAGGCGGCCACCGAGGAGGACGACAUCGACGUCGAACUGCGCCUCUCACGCUUCGAAUACCUCAUGGAGCGCCGUUUGCUGCUGUUGAAUAGCGUGCUCCUGCGCCAGAAUCCGCACAACGUGCACGAGUGGCACAAGCGGGUGACACUGUAUGAGGACAAGCCCGCCGAGAUCAUCAGUACGUACACCGAGGCCGUGCAAACAGUGCAGCCGAAGCAGGCGGUUGGAAAGCUGCACACCCUGUGGGUGGAGUUCGCCAAGUUCUACGAGGCCAACGGACAGGUGGAGGAUGCCCGUGUGGUCUUCGAACGCGGCACUGAGGUCGAGUAUGUCAAAGUAGAGGAUCUGGCGGCGGUGUGGUGCGAAUGGGCGGAGAUGGAGCUACGACAGCAGCAGUUCGAGGCGGCACUCAAGCUGAUGCAAAGGGCGACGGCCAUGCCAAAGCGAAAGAUUGCCUAUCAUGAUGAUACGGAGACGGUGCAGGCGCGCCUUCAUCGCUCCUUAAAAGUGUGGUCCAUGUACGCUGAUUUGGAGGAGUCAUUCGGCACUUUUAAGACCUGCAAAGCCGUCUACGAGCGGAUUAUAGACCUGAAGAUCUGCACGCCGCAGAUCAUUAUCAACUACGGAAUGUUCCUCGAGGAGCACAACUACUUUGAGGAAGCCUACCGAGCCUAUGAGAAGGGCAUCUCGCUGUUCAAGUGGCCCAAUGUAUAUGACAUCUGGAACUCCUACCUAAGCAAAUUUUUGGAGCGUUAUGGCGGCACAAAACUGGAGCGGGCCAGGGAUCUCUUCGAGCAGUGCCUGGAUCAGUGUCCUCCCGAACACGCGAAGUACUUUUACUUACUGUAUGCUAAGUUGGAAGAGGAGCACGGUCUCGCCCGACAUGCCAUGUCUGUCUAUGACCGCGCCACGUCUGCUGUCAAAGAGGAGGAGAUGUUCGACAUGUACAACAUAUUUGUGAAGAAGGCGGCCGAGAUCUAUGGCCUACCACGUACCCGCGAGAUCUAUGAAAAGGCCAUCGAAUCGCUGCCCGAACAGAAUAUGCGCCACAUGUGUGUCAAGUUCGCCGAGCUGGAAACGAAGUUGGGUGAAGUGGAUCGAGCUAGAGCCAUCUAUGCUCAUUGCUCACAGGUUUGUGAUCCCCGCAUCACCGCGGACUUCUGGCAAACUUGGAAGGAGUUCGAAGUGCGUCACGGCAACGAAGACACAAUGCGCGAAAUGCUGCGCAUCAAGCGCUCCGUGCAGGCCACUUACAAUACGCAGGUGAACAUGAUGGCCGCCCAAUUCCUGAACACAAACAACGGAGCGGCUGCGGAUGCCGGAGCAGGAGCUGGACCGGAUGCCAUGCGAUUGCUGGAGGAGAAAGCUCGCCAGGCGGCAGCCGAGGCCAAGCAAAAGCCCACCGAGAAGGCGGGCUCCAAUAUUAUGUUUGUGCGCGGCGAAACGCAGGGAGGUGCGAAGGACAAAAAGGAUACGGUUGUCAAUCCUGACGAAAUUGACAUUGGAGACAGCGACGAAGACGAGGAGGAGGACGACGACGAGGAGAACGAGAUGUCGAACGAGAACCAGGCCAGUGCAGCGGCCACAAAAACCGACGAGGAAGGCCUCGUCAUGAAGAAACUGCGCUUCGAGCAAAAGGCCAUUCCAGCCAAGGUCUUCGGCAGCCUCAAGCCUUCGAAUCAAGGCGACUCUGAUGGAGAGUAAAUGUUUAUAUGACUUCAUUUUUGGGGUAAAUACAUGUGCGUCGAAAGUUUUACAAUUGUAA